UUUUUUUUCGAAAAACUCUUAAAAAAAAAAAAAGUAUGUCAAAACACCAUCCAGACCUUGUAAUGUGUAGAAAACAGCCAGGUAUCUCUAUUGGAAGGUUGUGUGACAAAUGUGAUGGAAAAUGCCCAGUCUGUGACUCAUAUGUUCGUCCUACAACACUUGUUAGGACGUGUGAUGAAUGUUCUUUUGGGAAUUAUCAAAGUAAAUGUAUUAUUUGUGGUGGAGAUGGGAUUUCUGGUAUUGUUUUUUAUAAAAAGAAAAAAAUAGGGAAAUAAUAGGGUUAUUUAUAGAUGGAUACUAUUGUUUUGAAUGUACACGUUUAGAAAAGGAUAGGGAUGGAUGCCCAAAGGUUUAUUUUUUCUUUAAAAUAUUUUAUAAAUUAUUUAUAUGAUAAGAUUAUUAAUUUAGGAAGUUCAAGAACAGAUUUGUUUUAUGAGCGUAAAAAAUUCAGAUUAGGAGGAGGACAAAGAUAAAUAUAAUAUAUUUAUUAUAUAAUUUUUAUCUUGAAUAUAUCAAUUUAUAUAUAGUAAGGAAUUUUCAAAAAAAUAACCAUGGUUGUAAAUAUAGUAUAAAUCUAAAAAGAAUUUAUAUUAUUUUGAAAGAGAAAAAAAUUACGAGGAAAAGAAAUUUUUGUUGUUUAUUCAGCGUAUUCCGGAAAAUUUAUGUAUUUUUAUAAUGAUAUUGAUAUUUUUAAAGAAUAGAAAACCAAUAAUUUGAGA